AUGAAGAGAGCCAACCUGCUAACGCUGUGUAGGGAGCAGGCAUAUGACACAGUCUGUGCCCUGAUUCAGACACGCACUCCAGCAACUGUCGACUACGACGACAUCGUAGCUGCGCUACACAAGCACUAUGAUCUUAGGCCAUCGGAUGUCUACAGCCAUGCCCGCUUCCAACGGCGAGAUCAACUAGAAGGUGAAAAAGUGACCAAGAUGAUGUUCAUUGUGGUAGCCAUCUUCGCUCUGUGCUGGCUGCCGUACCAGACAUACAACAUCCUCACCGAGAUCUACCCAGAAAUUAACUCAUAUCGCUACAUCAAUGUGAUAUGGUUCUGCUGUCACUGGUUGGCUAUGAGCAACUCGUGCUACAAUCCAUUUAUCUACGCGAUCUACAGUGAGAAAUUCAACGCCGAAUUCCAGGCUCGCAUCCGCUGCUGCGCUCGCCGACCCCAAGAAGAGAUCGUCUACGGACAUUCGUCUAUCAUGACGCAGCUGUCGGUGCGACUGCAAUCCUGA